AUGGAUCUGGCCGCCGCGCGCGACGUGGUCGCCACGCAGGGCGACGACGCCGGAACGGUCGAACCCAAGGUUCCCGUCACGCUUGUCGUCGAUCAUUCCCUGAUCGUCGAUGUUGCCGGCCGUUCUGACGCGCAAGCGCUGAACAUCGCGCACGAGUACCGCCGCAAUGCCGAGCGCUACAGCUUCUUCAAAUGGGCCGAACAGGCAUUCGACAUGCUCCGCGUCGUGCCGCCGGGGGCUGGCAUCAUUCACCAGGUGCAUCUGGAGCGGCUGGCGCAGGUUAUCGAGACGGUCGAGUUGCCGGGCAUUGGAAGGCUCAGCGGGCCCGAGUUCGUUCUCGGCUGCGACAGCCACACGCCCAUGGUCAAUGGUCUUGGCGUCCUUGGCUGGGGCGUCGGCGGCAUCGACGGCGAGGCAGCGGCGCUCGGUCUGCCCUAUGUCGCGCGCGUGCCGCGGGUGGUCGGGCUGCGGCUGACGGGGCGUCUGCCGGCCGGCGCAACGACGACGGACCUCGUUCUGCGCGUCACCGAGCGGUUGCGCGAAGUGGGCGUUGUCGGCGACUUCAUCGAGGCGUUUGGCCCCAGCCUGCCGGAACUGACCGUUCCGGACCGCGCGACCAUCGCCAACAUGGCACCCGAAUAUGGUGCGACCGCCUGCCUGUUUCCGAUCGAUGACCAGACGCUGGCCUAUCUGCGGCAGUCGGGGCGGGACGCGGCACAUGUCGCGCGCAUCGAGGCGUAUGCGAAAGCCGUCGGGCUGUUCGCCGAGGCCGGCGAUCCCGAGCCGGAAUUCUCCGACGUGGUGGAAAUCGACCUGUCGACGGUUGCGCCCAGCGUUGCCGGGCCGAAACGCCCGCAGGACCGGGUGCCCUUGACCGAAUUGAAAGACGCUUUCACCGCCGCUCUCACGGCGCCGGUUUCCGCGGGCGGGUUCGGGCUGACACCGGAUCAGUUGGACAUGCGCGUGCCGGUGGCUGGUCUUGACCGGCCCGUCCGGCACGGCACGAUCGCCAUCGCGGCGAUCACCUCGUGCACCAACACGUCGAACCCGUCGGUCAUGAUCGGCGCCGGUCUUCUGGCGAGCAACGCGGUUGCAAGGGGACUGGCCGUACCGGGCUGGGUGAAGACGUCGCUCGCUCCGGGGUCGCGACUGGUCACCGAUUAUCUGGACGAAGCCGGGCUUCUUGCUUCGCUUGAGGCACUCGGAUUUCACGUCGUCGGCUAUGGCUGCACGACAUGCUCGGGAAAGUCCGGCCCGAUCGACGCCGAUCUGGCGCAGGCGAUCGCAGACAACGAUUUGGUUGCCGCCGCGGUCCUGUCGGGCAACCGGAACUUCGAAGGCCGCAUCCACAAGUCGGUGCGUGCGGCCUAUCUUGCCUCGCCGCCUCUGGUGGUUGCGUUCGCGCUCGCCGGCCGUGUCGACAUCGAUUUCGAGACAGAGCCGCUGGGCACGGACGCGAGAGGGCAGCCUGUCUUUUUGCGCGACAUAUGGCCGGACGCGGCGGACGUGCAGCGGCUCGUCGACGCGAGCCAACGGCCGGAUCGGUUCCAAAAAAGCUACGCCACGCUUUUCGACGGGGCCGAGCUUUGGCAGCGCCUGGACGCGCCCGGCGGCACCCGCUUCGCCUGGGACGAGGCCUCGACCUAUAUCCGCCGUCCGCCCUUCUUCGAACUGGCCACCGAUCCCCUUCCCGAUGCCAUCGAAGGCCUGCGCGUUCUGAUCCAUGCCGGUGACAGCCUGACGACGGAUCAUGUGACGCCGAGCGGUGAAAUCCUGCCCGACAGCCAGGCCGGACAAUAUCUCAUCGGCCAGGGUGUCGAGCCGCAAGCCUUCAACGCCGUGACCCAAAGGCGCGGCAACCAUGAAUUCAUGGCGCGCGUGACCUUCGCCAACCAGCGGAUGAAGAACCGUCUGGUCCCCGAACGCGAGGGCGGCUGGUCCCGUCGUGAGCCCGAAGGGACGAUCGAGACCGUGUUCACGGCAGCCGAGGCUUAUCGUGACGAAGGGGUUCCCGUCAUGGUGCUGGCCGGCCGCGACUACGGCAUGGGGUCCAGCCGCGACUGGGCCGCCAAAGGUCCCAAGCUGCUCGGAGUGCGCCUGGUGCUGGCCGAGAAUUUCGAGCGCAUCCAUCGCGCCAACCUGAUCGGUAUGGGCAUCGUUCCGAUAACCUUCUUGUCCGGCGAGGAUGCGGACGGUCUUGGCCUGACCGGGUUCGAGCGCUUCGACGUUUCCGGCCUGCAUGCGGCGCUCGAUACCGGGUCACCGGUGUCGAUCACCGCCCAUGGCCCACAAGGCGCACGCACAUUCAAGGGCCGGCUCGAUCUGGCCAGCGCGCAUGAAGCAGCCCUGCUGCGGAGCGCCGCCAUGCCGGAUGAGUUGAACGAGGCUGUCGAAACCGUCGAGACCUACCUGGCCGCCAUGGAAGCCCGUGACCUUGACGGUGCGCGAGCCUGCGUGUCCGAAGGCGAUCUCGAUCUGACAUUUCCGGGCGGCCGGCAUUUCACGCGGAUUGACGAGAUCGUCGCCAAUUCGAGCGGGCGCUAUGCGGCUAUCGGAAAGACGAUCGAGCGGCGGUCGGCCUGGUCCGAGAACGCAGGAACCCAUGUUCUGUUCGCAGGAACGCUUUUCGGGCGAUGGCCGGAUGGAACGCCGUUCGACGGCAUCCGGUUCAUCGACCUGUUCGAACUGAAAGACGGUCUGAUCGUCAGGCAGGAGGUCUGGAACGAUGCCGGCGAACGUUUGCUGGCCGGGCAAAAACAGACCAUCCGCCGUGGCAGCGUCGCCGUCAAAGGCGGCAAGAUCGCCGCGAUUCUGGAUCGGGGCGAAGUCUGUAACGCGGCACGCGUGAUCGAUUGCACCGACCGCUGGAUCCUGCCGGGCGUCAUCGACCCGCACACCCAUAUCGGCUUCGGCGACAAGGAAAACGAUUGGGCGACCGAGACGGCGACCGCGGCACUGGGUGGCGUGACCGGUCUGAUGAGUUUCUGGCGCCACGAUGAUCUCGGCGCAUCGACCGGGCCUUGGAUUGCAGCCGGUGAAGCGCGGGCGGAGACCGAUUUCGGUCUGCAUUUCGGCGUUACCUCGCGCCGCCACGUGGCCGAACUUGGCGAACUGUCCAAACGGUUCGGGGUAACCUCGAUCAAGGUCUAUCUGAUGUACAAGGGCGCGACCGGCGCCGCCAAGGGCUUCACGGAAGUCGACGAUGCGCUCUUGUUUUCGGCGCUUCAGGCCGGUGCGAAGGUCAAGGGCGGCGUGGUUGGCGUGCAUUGCGAGAACACCGAGGUGAUCCCGGUCUUCCGCGAUCCGCUGAAGGCGGCCGGCCGCGACGAUCUCGCCGCAUGGGACGAGCAGUCGCCGGGCUUUCUGGAAACCGAGAACGUGUUCCGGGUUGCCUUCUUCGGCGAAAAGGCCGGAUGCGACGUCAACAUCGUGCACAUGUCGGCGGUCGAAAGUCUCGAUCUGGUGCGCCGCCUGCGCCACAAGGACCGGCCCAGGAUCAACGUCGAAACCUGUAUCCACUAUCUAUCGCUGAACAGGGACUGUCCGCUCGGCCCGAUCGGCAAGGUCAAUCCGCCGCUGCGGCCGCAAGCCGAUGUCGACGGUCUUUGGGAAGGGGUUCGUGCCGGCGAUAUCCAGACCAUCGGAUCGGACCAUGUGCCGCGCAAGGUGUCGACGAAGGGACCCGACAUCUGGUCCGCGACCGCAGGCUUCCCCGGCAUCGCGCAGGUGCUGCCGGUGCUGAUCGAAGAAGGGUACUACAAGCGCCAGAUUCCCAUCGAGCGGCUUGCGGCGACCAUCUCGUGCAAUGUGGCCGACCUUUAUUCGCUCCCCGGCAAGGGACGCAUCGCGCCCGGCUACGACGCCGAUUUCGCCAUUGUCGAUCCUGCCGGCCAGACAAGUGUGGCGGCCGACGCGUACCCCUCCUUUUCCGACUAUUCGCCCUAUGCCGGCAGGACCUAUCGCGGCGCGAUCACGCACACGAUCCUGCGCGGCACGGUGGUGGUCGACGAUGGAACAAUCAUGACCGAGCGAAUCUGGGACCGGUUCCUGACCGAUCACGACAAGCAAAUCUUCCAGCUCGCCGGCUAUGGCAAGCGCGGCGGCUUUGGCAAGCGGCCGGCGCUGUUCAUCAUCGAUGUGCAGUACAAUUUCUGCGGCGAUGCACCCGGCGAAAGCCAUGAGGACGGUGUCGGCAAAUACCGCACCCAUUGCGGGCCGGUCGGCUGGAACGCGGUGCCGCAUAUCGAACGGUUGAUGCAUCUGGCGCGGGAGAUCGAUAUUCCGAUCUUCUACACCCAGAGCGAGCGCCGUCCCGACAUGAUCGACAGCGGCGUUCAGGUGUCAAAGAGCCAUCGCGGGCAUGAAAAGACCUCGCAGGAGGGCACGCACGCCACGCAGACCGUGGCGCCAUUGGCGCCGCGCCCCCAGGAUAUCCUGAUCGGCAAACGCAAACCCUCGGCCUUCUUCGGCACACUGUUCAUGAGCCACCUGAACUAUCUGGACGUCGACACGCUGAUCAUGACCGGCUGCACCUCGUCAGGCUGCCUGCGGGCGACCACGGUCGAUGCCUAUUCGUUCAACUUCAAGGUGGUGAUCCCCGAAGAGACGGCGUUCGACCGGUUCGAGGCCAGCCAUGCGAUUUCGCUGUUCGACCUCAACUGCAAAUAUGCCGACGUGAUCCCGACCGACGAGGUGGCCGCCUAUCUUGAAGGAUUGCCGGCAAGACCGCCAUUGUGCGACCAUCGCUCCCGACUUUCCGGGGAGCCGAAUGUGACACUGGGCAUUGGCGACAUUGUCGCGACAGCGGGCGUGCUGCUGGGCCUGAAUUAUGUGGCGCUGUUCAUCGCCGCCUAUCUGUUCGACCGUUCGGCCCGGCACCUUCUUUGGUAUCUGGCCGGCGCGGGAGCGUUCAUCGGCAGCAGCGCGGCCUAUGUGAUGACCGAGAUCGCGCCCUUCCACGGCCUGUUCUUCAUCCUUGACGAUGUGCUCGUCUGCACCGGCUUCCUUUUGGUCUCGAAGGGCAUUUGCACGCACGCAAGGCUGCCCCUGCCCGGGCGCAUAUUCGCCUUGACCGCGAUCAUCGGCGCCUUCGUGAUCGCCGUCCUGGCACCGCUUGGUGAGUUGUCGCUGAUGCGGCUGGCAACGGUCAGCCUGUUCCAGGUGGCGUUGCCUGUGAUGGUGGUCGUCCGGCUCUACCGCCUGCCGGCGAUCAGUUCCCGCACGCGGUUUCUGGCCACCAUGCUGUGCGCGGUCAUCCUGUCGGUCCUCAUCCGACCCCUGGUCGCCGCGUGGGCGGUCAGCCAUGGCACCCUUUCGCCGCCGGAGCAGGCCGAGCUGUACGGCACUUAUGCGGCAACGCCGUUCGCGGCGACCCUUUUCGCCUUUGCGGGAACCAUCUUCUUUCUGGCGAUGAGCGAUCUGGCGGCCACCUAUCGGCAGGCGUCGAUGACCGACAGCCUGACCGGCCUUCUGAACCGGCGCGGCUUUCUCGAUGAAGGCAACCGGCUGGCCGCGCGCCCCGCCGCGCUGAUCAUGCUCGACAUCGACCAUUUCAAGACGAUCAACGACACCCAUGGACACGACCAGGGCGACAGGGUGAUCGCCGGCGUCGGAUCGGUCAUCGCCGUCGCCGCGCCGCGCCCGCAUCUGUGCGGCCGGCUGGGCGGGGAGGAGUUCGCGAUCCUGGUUACACCGAGCUGCGCGACAUCAUGCCCGACGACCGGCCGGUCACCGCAAGUCUGGGCGUUGCCGCGAUCGGCGAUGACGGGAUCGCCGGCGCGCUGA